GUCAGGUCUUUCUGAUUCCAGUUCUGGUGCUAUAUCCACUGCACUAUCAGCUGCCUCCAGACUACACAACACACAAACUGGAUACCAGGCUGCUCACCACAGCACAAUGUCUGAUCCCUGUGUAAAGCGGAAGUGAACCUGAGUGAAAGGGGGAGGUUCCCCUUACCAUCACAGACAGAAUGACCAAGAUGAGACUCUUGAGACUUUGGAUUGUCCUGGGAUCUGUCUUUAUGAUUCUUUUGAUCAUUGUUUACUGGGACAAUGUGGGGACAGCACACUUCUACUUGCACACAUCAUUUUCCAGACCUCAUCCUCCGGGGGUCCUUCCCACCACUGCAAAGGAUGAAGAAAGAGAAUUUGUAUCAGAUGUAGAUGAAUUUCUAGAUAAACUGCUUAGUUCUGGUGGGAGACAGAAUGACCCUUUGAGAAAAAAGACUGAGCAGCCUCCUCUUCAUGGCUCUAGUAAACCUAUUCUGGGCAAUAUGGAAGAGAGUGUGAGAGGUUAUGACUGGUCUACCCGUGACGCUAAGCAGAACCCAGAUCAGGAAAAACUCCAGGCAGAGAGGAGAAAUAUGUUGCGGGAAUUUUGUGCCAACUCCAGCUUCAUCUUCCCUACCAAGAAUCGUUCAUUUGAUGACAUUCCUAAUUAUGAAUUGAAUCACCUAAUUGUGGAUGACCGCCAUGGAAUCAUUUAUUGCUAUGUGCCAAAGGUGGCCUGCACCAAUUGGAAACGAGUGAUGAUCGUUUUGAGUGAGAGCCUCCUGGAUCAAGGAAUCCCAUAUAAAGACCCCUUAGACAUUCCCCGGGAACAUGUUCACAACACUAGUACUCAUCUCACUUUCAAUAAGUUCUGGCGGCGAUAUGGGAAGUUUUCGCGCCACCUCAUGAAGAUUAAGCUGAAGAAGUAUACUAAAUUUUUGUUUGUCCGUGACCCCUUUGUGCGUCUCAUCUCAGCCUUUCGGAGCAAGUUUGAGCUGGAGAAUGAUGAGUUCUACAGGAGAUUUGCAGUUCCCAUGCUGAAACUGUAUUCUAACCACACUAGCCUCCCCACCUCUGUCAGUGAGGCCUUCAGUGCUGGACUGAAGGUCUCAUUUCCUGACUUCAUCCAGUACUUAAUUGACCCACGGACAGAAAAGCUGGCACCCUUCAAUGAGCAUUGGAGACAGGUGUACCGCCUGUGCCACCCUUGCCAGAUUGACUAUGACUUUGUGGGGAAGCUAGAGACUCUGGAUGAAGAUGCAGCCCAACUGCUGCAGCUUCUCAAAGUGGACAAACUGCUUCAUUUCCCCCCUAGUUAUCGGAACAGGACUGCUAGUAGCUGGGAGGAAGACUGGUUUGCCAAAAUCCCUCUAGCCUGGAGACAACAGCUUUAUAAGCUUUAUGAGGCUGACUUUGUUCUCUUUGGGUACCCCAAGCCUGAGAACCUACUUAAAGACUAAGCAACAGGGGAAAAACUCCCUCAAACCAAAAAACUUGUAUUUUUAUUUUAAAAUAAAAUUAAGGAUCUGUCACAUCGUGAUUUUUUUUCCUGCUGAAGACAGAACAAUUACGUAUCAUGGAUAUAUACAUAUAUGCACACAUACAUACAUAUGUACAUGUAUAUAUAUGUAUGUGUGUAUGUAUAUAUUUUCUCUCUUAUUGCUUUUCUCUCCCUGUUUGCACACUUCUAGGAUGCUCCUACCAGUGGAGCCAAAGAAAAAUCUGGAAUUGACUGUAAACAAUCCAAUUUUUAUUUUUUAAUAACCUAGGACUUUGCAAUCGGGACACAUUCUUUACUCCAUUGCCUAUGUUCUUUGAGUUCCUUUGUUAAUAUUGUUUUAAAAAUUAAUAUAUUUCAGAUAUUUAAUAUGAAAUAUGGAAAAGGAAAUGAUGGAGUAAAAUAUCACAUCUGGUU